AUGAUGAAUACUGUGUUUAGAGAUUGGGACUUUUUAUCUGUUCCGGUAGUUGAAGGAAGAAUUCUCCUGGUUUGGAGAAAGGAUAUGAUCAAAAUUACAUUUAUUGAUGUGGAAGACCAAUUUAUUCACUGUACUGUGAAGAUCAUGAGUGUUUUGUCCCCUUUUUUCUUAACAGUAAUAUAUGGUAGGAAUCAUUUAGAGGAAAGGAAAAGGCUGUGGCAUGCUUUAGAUUCUCUGAGUUUGCCAGUUCAACCUUGGUUAGUUGCGGGUGAUUUUAAUGCUGUUUUUGAUUUUGAUGAUAGGGUAGGUGGUCGGCCUAUUACUGAGAUAGAAAAGGAAGAUGCUUGUAAUUGGAGAGCUAAUUGCUUGAUGACAGAAAUUCGUAGAAUUGGUACUCAAUUCACAUGGUCCAAUAAGAAGAAGGAGGGUUCUAGAAUUUUUUCCAAAUUAGAUAGAGUCUUCAGUAAUGAAGCUUGGACUGAUAUUUUUCCUUACUCAGAAGCUCAUUUCAACUGGGAUGUAAUCUCUUACCAUUGUUAUUGUAUUAUUAAACCUGUUCUUGGUCAGGUUACAGGGUUGAAACCGUUCAAAUUUUUCAAUAUGUGGACAAAACAUGAGAAGUUUAGGGAGACUGUCCUGAACAGUUGGGGUACUACUGGGGUCUGUUCUGGUCUGCAUGGAAUUAGUCAGAAAUUGACUAAUUUAAGGUCUAUUUUGGUUCAGUUUAAUAAGACAACAAUUGGGGAUAUACCAGGAAAGUUUCUUGCAGCCAAGGAAAAAUACCAACUAGCUCAGUUUCGUCUUCAACAGCAGCCUCAUUCUGAAGAGCUUCAUAGAGCAGAGCAAGAAGCUUGUUCUGAGUUCAUUCUCUAUGCUAAAAUGCAUGAGAGCUUUCUCAGACAGCGGAGUAAAGUCACUUGGUUGAGAUAUGGAGAUGACAACAGUGCUUUCUUCUAUGCAACUCUAAAACAGAGUCAUUUUGAAGGAUUUCUGGGUAGUUCUAGUACAGCUUCUGCUAGGAUUCAGCUGGAUGUGAUAAAUGCUGGUAAAACUUUAAGCUUUGAUCAGCAACUCAGUUUGGUUAGACCCUUUUCUAAGAAAGAUGUUAAAGAGGCAAUGUUUAGCAUUCAUUCUGUUAAGAGUCCUGGUCCGGACGGGUUUGGCUCAGGUUUUUUCAAAUCUAUGUGGAAAGAUUUGGGUGAUGAGGUAGCCACUGCUGUGUUGGGUUUCUUUGAUUCUUGUAAGCUGCCUAAAUCCCUCAACAGAUCAGUCAUUGCUCUUGUGCCUAAAACAGAUUCUCCUUCUACUGCUAUUGACUACAGACCAAUAGCUUGUUGUAAUACCUUAUACAAAUGUAUCUCUAAGAUGCUUUGUGUGAGGUUAGCUACUAUUUUGCCCUUUCUUACUCACCAAAAUCAGGGUGCGUUUAUCAAAAACAGAUCGAUGGCCCAUAAUAUAUUCAUCCUUCAAGAUAUUCUUAAGGGUUAUUCUAGGAAGAGCAUAUCGAGUAGGUGUUUGGUCAAAUUGGAUAUUAGAAAAGCUUAUGAUUCGGUGGAUUGGUAUUUCUUAGAGGAUCUGCUCAAUGCUUAUUUUUUUCCUAGUAGAUUUAUAAGAUGGAUAAUGGUCUGUUUGAAAGGAGUUUCUUAUUCUUUGAUUUUGAAUGGUAGAAUUCAUGGUGCUUUUAGUGGGAAGAAAGGGCUGCGACAAGGAGAGCCAAUCUCCCCUCUUCUCUUUGUUUUGAUAAUGGAGUAUCUCACUCGGUUAUUACUGUUAGCUUCCCAGCAAAAGGAUUUCAGAUUUCACCCUCUUUGUAAGCAAUUGAAUCUUGUUAAUCUUUGCUUCGCGGAUGACCUUUUACUCUUUUGUAAAGGUUCUCAUACUUCAGUUAAGAUUCUGAUGGAUGGUUUUCGUAGCUUCAGUAAUAUGUCUGGUCUGGUUAUGAACAUGACUAAGUCACAUGUUUAUCUUGGUGGAGUUCAUUUGGAGGAAAGGAGGCAAAUUCUAGCUAGUUUGGAGAUUGAAGAAGGUUAUUUUCCUCUGAAAUAUCUGGGCCUUUAUCUUAGACCAACUAAAUGGAGGGCUGAGGACUGUGGGCUCAUUAUUAAGAAAGUUCAAAGCAGGUUGCAUUCGUGGUCUAGUAGACAUCUCUCGUUUGUUGGGAGAUCUCAACUUAUACACUCUGUUUUGCUGGGUAUUAGGACUUAUUGGAUGAGUAUAUUUUUACUUCCUAAAAAAGUUAUCCAGGAAAUAGAUAGAUUGUGUAGGAACUUUCUGUGGGGAGCUAGAGGAAACCGAAGUAAGGUUCAUAUGUCCUCUUGGGACCAGGUGUGCUUACCUAAAUACUUAGGUGGGAUUGGCUUUAAAGAAGGCUAUAAAUGGAAUAUAGUUCUGAUGGCUAGGUACAUCUGGGCUAUUGCUACUAAACAAGAUUCCCUUUGGGUCAAAUGGAUAGCUUGUGUUUAUCUCAAGGGGCAGAAUUUCUGGUCUUAUCAAUUACGGUAUGAUGUUAGCUGGUAUUGGCAGAAUCUCAUCAAGCUGAGAGAUGUUUUCACUGCUGAUAUGCUUCAGGAUGCAAUGACCAAGGAGAAACUGAACUUGUCUAGUCUGUAUGAGCAUCUGGUGCACAAAGAGCAGAUUCAUUUUGAUAAGGUGGUUUGGUGUAAGUUGUCUAUUCCGAAGCAUAGGUUUAUUCUCUGGCAAGCAGUGCUAGGUCACCUCCUCACUCGUGACAACUUACUUAAAUGUCAUAUUCAGCUUGAGACUUGCCUUUGUCCUGUCUGCGAAUUAGACCAGGAAUCACAUGAUCAUUUGUUUUUCAAGUGUCCUUUUUCUCAACAGGUUCUGUGUGAAGUCCAAACUAGAUUGGGGCUUCAGCUUUGGCCUUUUUCUUAUUCAGAGUGGCAAGGUUGGAUGGAAGGAAGACCAAAGGGCUUGUUACAGAAGAUCAGUGCUGCUUUGCUUGCUGCAUCAAACUGGUAG